GCCAUUACAACCCACCGUAGCCUCCAAAUUCUUCACUUCACAGCCUUCACCUACCCCCCGGGUGAGUUUAUCGCUGCUCUGCCCCAACUGCCCGCUCUGCCCCACUGCCCGUGGUGCUCUUUCAAGUACCAAGUACACCUUUCCCUUUGCUCCCUCUCUCUCUAGAUCGUGCGUUCUCUCUCUUCCUCUCUGUGUUCUUCGAAAGGCGGCUUGUCGAAAUCUGUAGUCGAGUCUUCGUUCUCUGUGGAUGGCGAGGAAUUGAUGUUAUCUUUAUGCGGAUCUGAGUUUCGAAGGUGUUGAACUUGCAUCUGAUCGGUGUAUCGAGUCGAGCCCUAGAUUUUUUUGGGAUUGAAUUGCUGGAUUGGUUUUGAAUUAGGGUUUUUUGUGUGAUUGGGGGAUCGAAGAUGGUUGUGGGGGUGUUUGUGGGGGAUCUAGGGUUUUCCGUGGCGCGGAUAAUUUGAGUCUAGGGUUUUUUAUUUUUCGGGGCUGUAUUUUUGGCGUGUGAAUUACGGUGGGAUUGAUGGUUCUCGUUGGGUGUAGAGGUCGGAUCGAAGACAAAACUGGGGAAGAUGCCAGGCUAUUAUGCAUGGGCGGGAAGGUGAGAAUAGGAAGCGGAGUCGGCACAUGUGGUCGGUCCCCUCGCGUGGCACGACGACUGUAGCCGGUGAUUCUUGUACAUCUACAGCUGAUUCUUUCUGCAAGGAUGGGCGUAGGAUUCGCAUUGGUGACUGUGCUCUUUUCAAGCCACCUCAGGAUUCCCCACCUUUCAUUGGAAUAAUUCGUUGGUUAACUGUGGGUAGAGAGAACAAUCUGAAAUUGGGUGUGAAUUGGAUUUAUCGACCUACUGAAGUAAAGCUUGGCAAAGGCUUCCUCCUGGAAGCUGCGCCUAACGAAGUCUUCUAUUCAUUUCACAAGGAUGAGAUUCCAGCUGCCUCAUUACUUCAUCCAUGCAAAGUUACAUUCCUUCCUAAAGGUGUUGAACUUCCUUCAGGGUUAUCCUCGUUUGUGUGCAGGCGGGUAUAUGACAUUGCAAACAAAUGUUUAUGGUGGCUAACUGAUCAAGAUUACAUUGAUGAGCGACAAGAAGAGGUAGAUCAGCUGUUACAUAAAACACAAAUAGAAAUGCAUGCAACCGUACAACCAGGUGGCCGAUCUCCAAAACCAAUGAAUGGUCCAGCAUCAACAUCACAAUUAAAAUCUGGCUCGGAUAAUGUACAGCACAAUGGUACUUCUUUUCCAACCCAAGCUAGGGGAAAGAAAAGAGAGCGUGGAGACCAGGGUUCUGAGCCUGUUAAACGAGAACGUUCUUCAAAAAUAGAUGAUGCUGAUUUGGGUAAUUUUAGAGCUGAAAGUAUUUUAAAAUCUGAGAUCGUAAAAAUAACCGACAAAGGAGGAGGGCUUGUAGAUAUGGAAGGUGUUGAAAAAUUGGUGCAACUAAUGCUGCCUGAGAGGAGUGAUAGGAAAAUAGACUUGGCUGGCCGAUCCUUGCUUGCAGGUGCUAUAGCAGCCACAGAAAAUUUUGAUUGCCUGAGUUGGUUUGUGCAGCUCAAGGGUUUGCCUGUAUUGGAUGAGUGGCUUCAGGAAGUCCAUAAAGGGAAGAUUGGUGAUGGUAGCAGCUCCAGAGAAAAUGAUAAAUCUAUUGAGGAAUUUCUUUUGGUUCUACUUCGUGCACUUGAUAAGUUGCCUGUGAAUCUUAAUGCCCUACAAAUGUGUAACAUUGGAAAAUCUGUGAAUCAUUUACGUACACAUAAAAACAUGGAAAUUCAUAAAAAGGCAAGGAGUUUGGUCGACACAUGGAAGAAACGUGUUGAGGCUGAGAUGAACAGCCAUGAUGCAAAGUCUGGUUCUAGUCAAGCUGUUGCAUGGCCUGCCAGACCACGUCAUGCUGAUGUUUCUCACGGUGGGAGCAGACAUUUGGGUGGAUCCUCUGAGGGUGCGAUGAAGAGUUCUGUUACACAGCUUUCUGCAUCUAGAAGUGCUUCAGUCAAGCCAGUUCAGGGGGAUGCUGUGAAGUCUGGGUCUGCUUCUCUGGGGAAUAUGAAAUCAGUGCCAUCCCCUGCAUCUGUAGGUACUAACUCAAAGGAUGGACAGCCCAGAAUCCUUGUUGGUAGUGUUUCAGAUCCUCAAACAGCUGCCAGGGAUGAGAAGAGCAGCAGUUCUAGUCAGUCUCACAAUAACAGUCAAUCUUGUUCUAGUGAUCAUGCCAAGACUGUGGCUUUUCCGGGGAAGGAAGAUGCUAGGAGUUCCACUGCUGGGUCAAUGAGUGUGAGUAAAAUGUCAGCCGGUGCUUCUCGGCAUCGGAAAUCAGUAAAUGGGUUCCCAGGGCCCAAUUUAUCUGGAGUUCAGAGGGAAACUGGGUCAAGCAGAAGUUCUUUGCACAGAAAUCCCACUCCAGAAAAAUUAUCGCAUUCAGGAUUAACAUGUGAAAAGGCAAGUGAUAUUCCUGUUGCUGAGGGAAACAAUCACAAACUAAUAGUCAAGAUUCCAAACCGGGGCCGGAGUCCUGCACAAAGUGCCAGUGGUGGAUCUUUUGAUGACCCAUCCAUCGUGAAUAGCAGAGCAUCUUCUCCAGUUAUUUCAGAGAAGCAUGAACAAUUUGAUCGUGCCUUAAAGGACAAAAGCGAUGCUUAUCGCACCAAUAUUGCUUCAGAUGUGAACACAGAGUCAUGGCAAAGCAAUGACUUCAAAGAUGUUCUUACUGGGUCUGAUGAAGGGGAUGGGUCACCCCCUUCUGUUCCUGACGGAGAGCACUGUAAGACUGGUGAUGCUGCCAGGAAAAUGGCAGAAUUAUCAAAAGCUGCUUCCUCCUCAUCAGGAAAUGAAGCCAAGUCAGAGAAAUUGCAUGACGGUUCUUUUACCUCUAUAAAUGCUUUAAUUGAAAGCUGUGUCAAGUGCUCUGAAACAAAUGCUUCCAUGUCAGUUGGGGAUGAUGUUGGGAUGAAUCUACUUGCUAGUGUGGCUGCUGGAGAAAUGUCCAGGGGUGAUUUGGUUUCGCCCACUGACUCUCCACAGGGAACCAGUACCAUGGUUGACGACUGUUGCCCAGCCACUGAUGUGAAACCAAAACCGUCAGGUAGAGAUGAUCCUGCUCAGGCACAAAACCUGCCUAACGAUGUGGCUAAUAGUGAUUCUGGGAAACAGUGUAUUACUGCUGGUAAUUUGUGGCCUAAGGAUGGCUUACAUCAACUAGUAAAGCAUGCAUCUGCCAACUUCUCUAGAGAUCGUAAAGAAACUUCUUUUUCUGAAGAGAAACCUGGUGAUCACAAUGAAUUUAUGAAUUCAUCCUGUAUGGAUUUGCAACAAACUGUUGGGCCGUGCUUAGAAACUAAUGGUAAGUCAGAUGAUGUGAUUGCUGCUUCUUUGGCCGCAUCCCCAACAUGUGCUAGAGAAAAGGGUGUGGAUGAAGAAGAUCAACAUCAUGAAAGAAAGUCUGUUCCCACUGGAGCAAAUGCUAACGGAAUUUCAGACAGUAAACAAAAGUUAAGCAGUUCUUUGUCAGCAGAGGAUAAACUGAAUAAUCUCUUUUCAAGUGUAGAAGGCGAGAAGAAAGCUGUUGAAGUAUUACCAUCUUGCCCUUUAUUAGAAACUAGCAGCAACAAAAAGAAUAAUGUGAAUGGAGGGUUUGGCGGUGGGGUCAAAACAGAGUCUAAGCCACCUGCCACAAUGAUGCAUUCUGAGUGUCUAGAGAAAACCAAUGAUGAAAUUCCACUGCCUUCAGAUUCUGGCAAAGAUUUGACUCCAGAAAAUACUGAUGUAAUUAAAGGUGAAAGACUUGACGAAAUUAAUGCCAGGAAUCAUGUCAGUCAGGUUGAAAAGCAGAAAAUUGAGCAGGAAAAUAAUACGUCUCCCGCUGUUGAGAAUCGAGUUGUAGCAGGCUCAGAUCGGGCUACUGCAGAUAGUAGGGGUGAGUUUGUGGAAGAGAGCAUAGAAAAUAAUGUUGGUUUCGAGCCCUCUUCUGGUGGACCUGUCUCUCAAACAGAACAGCAUAUGAGAUCUAGAGCAAACAAAUUAACUGGCACUGAAGGGGAUGAAACAGAUGAAUGUGCGUCAACAACUGCAGAUGCUUCUUCAUUCUCUGCUUCCGGGGGUUCAGAUGCGGACACAAAGCUGGAGUUUGAUUUGAAUGAAGGCUUUAAUGUUGAUGAUGGUAAAUGUGGAGAGCCAAUUAACUUGGUGCCACCUGGAUGUUCAGCUUCUGUAAAUCUAAUUAGCCCAUUGCCAUUUCCUGUUUCUUCAACCACAGGUGGAACUCCUGCUUCAAUUACAGUUGCUGCAGCUGCCAAAGGCCCUUUUGUGCCACCAGAUGACUUAUUGAGGAGUAAGGGAGAACUUGGAUGGAAGGGAUCAGCUGCUACAAGUGCGUUUCGCCCAGCUGAACCCAGGAAGGUUCUGGAGAUGUCUCUUGGAACAGCUAGUGCUUCCUUUGCUGAUGCUACAGGUGGUAAACAGGGUCGUCCUCUAUUGGAUAUUGACCUGAACGUGCCGGAUGAAAGAAUUCUUGAUGACAUGGCUUGUCAGAACUCUGCUGAGGAAACAGGCUCAAUAUCUAAUGCCAUAAAUAGUCAUGAUUUGGCGCGUGGUUGUGCCCCUGUUCGUGCCUUUGGAGGCCUUGAUCUUGAUUUAAACAGAGUUGAUGAAGCUGCUGAUAUUGGGCAGUGCUCAACAAGCAAUGGUCAUAGAUUGGAGGUCCCACUCCUGUCAGUUAAAUCGUCAUUGUCAGCUGGAUAUCCCAAUGGUGAGGUGAACUUUCGGAGGGACUUUGAUUUGAACAAUGGUCCUGGCCUUGAAGAGCCAAGUGUUGAGCCAUCACCAUUUAGCCAGCCAGCCCGGAGUAGCAUACCUUCGCAACCUUCACAGACGCAUGCAGCUUGUGUUAGAAUGAAUAAUACAGAAGUAGGAAACUUAGCUUCAUGGUUUCCUCAAGGGAACACUUACUCAGCGCUCACAAUUCCAUCAAUUUUGCCAGAUAGAGGGGAGCAGUCCUUUCCAAUUGUUGCAACGGGGGGACCCCCCAGGAUAAUGGGUCCCCAUACUAGUGGUAGCCCAUUUAGUCCUGAUGCCUAUAGGGGUUCGGUGUUGUCAUCUUCUCCUGCAGUGUCCUUUCCCUCCUCCCCAUAUCAGUAUCCUGUCUUUCCUUUUGGAUCCAGCUUCCCUUUGCCUUCAGCCACCUUUUCAGUUGGUUCAACUACAUUUUUGGAUUCGUCAUCUGGUGGGAGACUUUGCUUCCCCGCUGUUCAUACACAGUUAAUAGGGCCUGGCAGUACAGUUUCAUCCCAGUUUCCGAGGCCUUAUGUUGUUAGCCUUCCAGAGGGUGGCAAUAAUGGUGUAGCGGACAGUCGUAGGAAACCGGGCAGGCAGAGCCUAGACCUUAAUGCAGGCCCUGGAGGCCCAGAUAUAGACGGGAGAGAUGAGACUUUGCCUCUCACAGCGAGGCAACUCUCUGUUGCCAGUUCACAGGCCUUAGCAGAGGAGCAGGCAAGGAUGUACCAGGUGGCAGGUGGUGUUUUGAAGAGGAAGGAUCCUGAGGGAGGGUGGGAUCCAGAGAGGUUUGGCCGCAAGCAAUCUUCAUGGCAAUAGGAGUGCUGACUGGCACAGAAUUGGCUGCUCUGCUGUAGAAAGCUUGUAAGUUUUUCCUAAUGUAUUUGGCUCUGUUAUUGCAAUAAUGUCAAAUUUGGGAACUGGCAGGGACCAUUUCCUUUGUAAUUACCUUUUCAUUUAUGAUUGUUGCAGCUAACCAAUACAACAUGCCAGGCAACUGGAUUGUGGUAGUGUUAUUUUUCUUUUCCCUUUUUUUCCCUGACUAGGUGUUGUUUAAUGCAAGUUUGAUUUUUAGUCAAAUAAACGCUUUGCGGUGUUUUGCAAUUGGUAAAUGCUAUAAUUUAAAUAUAAAUAAAUAAAUAAUAUAUUUUUUCAUACAGGUCCAUGUUGUUAUGGUUUUAAUUCUUUUUAAACAUUUGCAAAAUUGAAAGGAAAACUAGUGAAUGGGGGGCAAUUUUCCUUUUUCUUUUCUUAAAAGACCAUUUCCUUUGAUUGCACAAAAUGCAUAAAAUAUGUUGGACAUUUUGAUUUGUGUUGCACCACCUGUAUAAGCUUUCUUCUUUCUUCCCUUGAAGCAAAUGCAGUGCAACUCCAACCGUUCCAUUUUUCUUUUUCUUCUUAAAAUAGUGCUGACGGGUGAAUUAUUUCAUCAAGCUCGUGGUAAUACUGUUGUAGGUGCUCCUCCUCAGACAGAGUAACGACGAUCUUAUUUGUUUAUUUUAUUUUAGUUUUGUUAAUUUUUUUUUUUUUUUUUUAGGAGGGGCCGGGGGGAGGGGAGGAGGUUGUCAGUUUUUGGUAUGUGAUUUCCUGCUAUUCAAUUGUAGUUUUCCUUUUUCUUUUCCUCAGUUUAUCGAGGAUGGGCAGUGGCUGACUCCCAGAAGUCUUCUUCUAAUUGGUGCACUCUCAGGAUGGGUGGUGAGUUAUUUUGUGUUCAUAGUCUCCGUCCCCCACCCCCUUCGGCUGUAUCAUUGUAACUUAAGACGAAUCUGUCUGGGGUCUGUGAGCUGUUUGUUAUUGAAAAUGUUCUGGGAGGUUGAAGGUAUGUUUCCCCCCACUGUAGAUAUUUAACUGUUGGAGAUCAUGAGUUCGUUGUUGCCCAAAAAAAUAGAAUUGGUACCCACACUGGUGUUCUUAGUGUAUUAACUAUGUAUACCAUUGAACCCAACUCUGACCUCUUACCAAAAUCUUAUGUCAAGGGAGGUUGGAUUUGUGGACUGGUGCUGAGCAGAAUCUCCUUUGCAUUCUUAAUUUAUCUAUCAUCUAUCAUGUUCCAUUCUUUCCUUU